AUGGAUAUAGAUGAUAAGAAUUUAGGUGCAUCUGAGCACAUAAACCCUUUUGGUAAAAUUCCGCAAGGAGGGGUGACCAAGAGGGCGAUUGUGGUUGCAGUCUGGUUAACUGCUUCCACAAACACCCAGCCUGCUGAGAGGUAUUAUGUAAUCGAAGAAUCAGGAUCUGCGAGAUAUGGAUAUGAAACUGGAUAUGCUCGAACCGGACCGCAUCUCGAUUUGCACAUGGAUAAUCUGCUGUAUUACCCUAAAGAGUCAUACUCAUAUCCAGGGCAUUUUGUCCUUGAAAGAGCGUCAUCAGUCUAG